UGUUUGUGUGUGAACUUAGUCUGGCUGUGCUGCGUCACCAUUUGCUGAAAGGUUGUCAGGUACACAAACCGCAGGCUCCCAGACACACAAUGGCUCAAUCAGUUCUGGUAAAACCAGCUUUCACAUUCCAAACACAGAGUACAAGAGAAGUCCAGGGGACCAUAGCAACCCAACACAGGGAUGGUGCAUUCAGGACUUCAGAAGAUGGAUCCCCCAGCAGUGUCCUGUAUCUGUGAGCUGUGCGACUGUGGGCGACAUAAACAUCAUAAAGGCUGCACGAAACAACUGAGAGUUCAGCCAAGAGAGAAGAAUGGAAAUUGUUAUAUCACCCACUAUAAGGCCACCUAUAAUGCACCAAGGAAUGUGGCCCCUAGGAGCAGUAAGAGGCCCCCUCACACCCCAGUACCCCGUAACCUGCCUCCUAUGAACUUGGCCACUACUCAGAGAGCAGAAUUUAUAUCAAGACCACUUGAAGGAAGGCCCAAGUUAUGUGUUCCUUCUGAGGGUUAUUACCAGAGCCCAGAGGAACCCCUGUUAAAACAGACCGUUUAUGGACUACACUAUCCUCCAAAGGAGGCAGAAAGAACUAUGCCUACACGUCCACCAGACAACCUGCAUCCUCCACCUCCAGCCAGUUCACAUCAUACCACCACCAACAGGGAACUGUAUAAACAAUACAGGACAGAGCGCCAACCACAAUAUGGAGAACUACCAACUCUAGCAGGAGCGGUUCUCUUCCAUGGUGGUGUGAGUGACAUGAAAACUACCACCCAGGAGCAUUAUGUACAAAAGAAGAUAAAGAGAAUAGAGCCUGUGAAAGCUUCACACGAUCAUCUGACCAUGGAAGGGGAGCAUAACAUGACGACAACACAUCAAUCUACUUACCAUGCUCUACCACUGGAAAAGAUUAAAGAAUCCAAGGAACCGCUACCAAACAAGAUCAAUAAGCGACCACCAAUGCAGUCUGUGACUAAGUACCAGAGUGACUUCUCCACGUACUAUCCCCUGGAACCAAGCAAGCCAGCAGCCCCACCCACUAAUAACCUGACAGUAAAUCCUUUUUAUAGCACUGACUUUAGGACAGUUCAAAGGGAGGCAUUUCCUGGAUGGAAUCCUGCUCUGCAUCCUAGACCUGAGCCAGCUCAACUGAAAGAGGAAUUGACGUCCAUGGAUAAGGAGAGAGGAGGACAAGUGGAGGGAAAUACAGUAACAAAGCUUGCUUUCCUGCCUCCUGAGCCGCAACCCAGGGAGCCAGCGAGACGUCCACGUUCAGUUCUGCGACCUCUUAAUGGAAAAUUUGACAGCACUACUCACAACCGAAGUGUGUUCAAAGAUUGGGGUGUUCAACCACGACAGCGAUAUGGAGAUUCCAUGGAUGGUGUUUUUCUAAGACCUCUGGUGAAGCUUGACAGUGAAACUACAACUGGUACAACAUUCAUCCCUAAAAAGGGUGAGCUGGUGAAGAACUGCAAGCCUGCAAAGGAUAACCUGGAGCUGGCAGGAGACUGGGACUUCUCAACUGUGCACAAGGAUACCUACAGGUCUCCAGCUCUGCCUCAGUGCCGCAUGCAGAUUUACCUGGAGCAACAGAUGAGACAGAAAUCUUCUCAGCAAAAGGAAAAUCAAUAAUGAAAGAAGUGGUUAACUCAGAUCAUUAGCUUAUGGCUUAGUGUUUAUCUGCACUGCUACACUUUCUCUUUCUUGUUUUGCCUUUGCCAUGGUUAACUGCACAUGAUAUAUAAAUACGUUUAGUCUA